UGAAAGGCAAUGAAACGAGAGUCACUAGUCGAUCAUUGGUCAAUAUCCGAAACAUGACGCGCAGUGACACGCGCGCGAAUACACCAAUGUUCCAUUACAGCAGACGGAGACGGGCGACUAAUUACAUCUCGUGCAGUAACAUUCAACUUUUCAUCUAGAUAUUUAAUUUGAUAAUGAUCCUAGCAUACUAACAGUCAUGUUUAAUAUUCAUACGCCCUGUUGGAUACAUUUUUCUGUAACAAAAAUUUCGAAAACUUUGAUCCGUUUUUGAUUUAUUCUUCUUGCAUCGAAAAUAAACCCGUUGAAUGUCGCGUUGACAGUGGAAUUUUAAAAAAGGCAAAGUUCUUACAAUAUUCCGUGCUGAAACCAAUUUAUGUACUGAAAAAUGAAGUGAUAUGUUUUUACAUCUGCUUAUAUUGUGAUAAUUCCAAAAUGUUAAAGGUUAUGUUCUUGGAAUGGAUUUUUAUUUACAGAAUAUGGAUUACGACCAUGUGAUUGUGGGCCAAACGACGCUGAGAAUCUCCAAGUGACGUCAUGUGUUUAGAAGAUGUACCGAUUUGUUCUUAUAACUAGAUCAGUAUUUUUCUGCGGGGCCCUAGUUUUUCUCAGCAUAUUCAAAGCGAGCGAAGGUUCUACGACAGAAUCUCCCGACGACGGAAUACGAGGUCCGAUCUUCCUGUCAGAACCUCCGACAUCAGUGGUUAUACCGAACACAAAAGGCGCCAUUAUACCCUGUGGUGUUUACGGAAAUCCCGCGCCAUUAGUCACGUGGAUUACCGGAACCGGUGAAGAGGUGGAAACACGACCGGGUAUCGUAGAAGUCUUGCACAAUGAGAGCCUGUAUUUUCAACCGUUUGACGAAUCCAAUGUAAUCCCUGCAAUACAUACGCAAGAAUAUAGGUGUGUAGCUAGGAACCGCAUUGGCAAAGUGAUAAGCCGGAAAAUAAACACUGUAGCAGUGAUUGUAGAACAACUGGAGCGAUUCACCGUACAAUUACACAAUGUCUGGGUCAUGCGUGGAGGAACUGCCGUGUUCAAAUGUGAGAUUAACCCUCCAUUCUGGAAAGACUAUGUGAACAUAACAUCUUGGCAGAAAGGGACCGUGAAAAUUACACCAGGUGAUCGGAUUAGUAUUACGUCAAAUGGAGAGCUUCAUCUGCGUGACGUCAGAGAUACAGACGGGUAUAACGACUUCCGGUGCACGGGGAUCAGUUUUGUAACAAAUAUUGAAAAGUCAAGUCCAACAGCAAAGCUAUUAAUUCAUGAUCCACCUGCGGGCGGGAGAAGUCCUUCUAUUGACGGCUAUCCUAUACAAGACACCGUCGUCGGCGUCGGGAAGAGUGUACAACUGCCAUGCGUUGCCGACGGCUGGCCGUUACCAAUGUAUCGGUGGUAUAAGAAUGGCGAAACCUUAGAUUUAGGGGACGAACGUUUCCGACAGUUUGGAGGACAUCUUGUGAUAUCGCCGACGAAGCUGUCGGAUGGCGGGGAAUAUAGAUGUAAUGCGAGUAACUCCAGGGGAUCUGCGGCGGCAAUUAGAAAGCUUAUUGUCAAAGUACCUUUAACGGUUGCAGUAUCCCCUGGUAAACAGGUCGUCGAUUCUGGAAAACCAGCCACCCUGAAUUGUUCGAUCCUUGGCUUCCCCAUCACACGAUUGGACUGGUAUAAAGAUGGUCAUCCUUUAGUUAGGGAUAAUUUUCAUGUGUUUAAGUCUGAUGAUACCCUAUUAGAGAUAACGUCUGUAAGACGUCAGGACCAGGGCAUGUAUCAAUGCUUCGCCUUAGACGGUGACGUCGAGACUCAAGCUACCGCCCAACUGUUGCUAGGAGCUGCAACUCCAACCAUUUUGAAUGGAUAUUCAAGCCAAUAUGUGCAGAAAGGUCAAAGAUCAAGUGUGCGUUGUGUGGCGUCCGGCAAUCCUACACCUACAAUCAAAUGGUACCUCGAUGAUGAGCCCCUCACGGAACGUAGCCAUCUUAGAUUAGGAAGUUUUGUGACGGCUGCUAGUGACGUAGUGAGUUACGUCAACAUAAGCAGCGUGACGCGAUUGGAAGGCGGAGAUUAUCGAUGUGUUGCAACAAAUAUAGUCGGGGAGGCGGAGCAUAUUUCUCGAAUGAAUGUUUAUGGUGAACCCUAUAUUCGUAAGAUGCGAAAUGUGACUGCGACAGCCAAUGAAAAACUUUUCAUCAAAUGUCACGUGACCGGAUAUCCAAUCAAAUCCAUAUCUUGGUACCAAGACAGUCGCAAACUUCCACUCAAUCAUCUGCAGCAGGUUUUGAAUGGUACACUUACUAUCUUAAAAGUACAGAGUAAUGAUGCAGGAAAGUACACGUGCGUCGCUGUAAAUAACGCGGGAAAAGGCACGCAGGAGAGUGUAUUUGUUACAGUAGUCGAGCCACCUGUUAUCGAUCCGUUCCGGAUUCCGCCACGUAAACAAGGGGACAGGGUAACGUUGUCGUGUGCCGUCAGUAGUGGGGACUUGCCUAUCUAUAUAAACUGGACCAAAGACGGCCUUCCAAUACCACCAGAUAUAGGUGUUCUUGUCGAGACUUCAGGUCCGUAUAGCAGCUUGCUAAAGAUUGGUGACGUCAGUCCGGUACAUGACGGAAAUUAUACAUGCCAUGCUCACAAUGCUGCUGCCAGUACAAAUUUUACGGCGUUCCUGCACGUUGACGUUCCUCCAAGAUGGGUUGUAGAACCGGAAGAUACGUACGUUAUCCGACAACGUUCAAUACUGUUAGACUGUCACGCUACCGGCAUACCAGAGCCAAAGAUUACAUGGAGCGAAAACAAAGGUGGAUUUCCGAUCCAGUACGAACCCCUAGACCUUAGUAAGACCGAUCAUUACCGGAUGUAUGAGAACGGCACGUUACAGAUUAUAUCCGCGCUGGAAGCGGAUGACGGCAAAUAUCUCUGUACCGCUGAUAACCGGAUCGGGCAUGGAAUCAGCAAGAUUAUUUACCUAACUGUUCAUGUACCUGCUCGAUUUGAUACUUCACGGAAGAACAUAAGCGUUUCAAGGGGUCAAAAUAUCACGCUCAGUUGUCAGGCCAUAGGUGAUAAACCAAUAUCAGUGUCGUGGAACUUUCAUAACCAGACAAUUGCAAGUGGAAACAUUGGAAGUCAAUAUACGGUGACCGAUGUAAAUACUGACCGUGGCAAACUGUCUCAACUGUCCAUUCAUCCAGCACAAAGAGUGGACACUACAAUGUUCACAUGUUCAGCGGCCAACGCGUUUGGCCAAGAUUCAACCGCUACCUACCUCACAGUUUUAGAGCCGCCGGAUGCCCCCGGAAACUUGACAUUGAUCAAAAAGGGCAGUCGAUAUGUUGUGCUGGUAUGGACCCGGCCUUUUGACGGAAACUCGCCCCUUUUAGAGUACGUUAUAGAAUACCAGAAUACGACGGGAGAAAAACGGAGUGCUGUCCGAAAUGUAUCUAUCAACGCUGAUGCACUUACCGCCACGGUAGAUAACCUACACCCGUCCUUCCUGUAUAAUAUCCGGAUACGUGCCCGCAAUGCCGUCGGUCUGGGGUUGACAAGUCACCAAGUGUCGACGAAAAUGUUAGAAGAACCGCCAAAUGGUCCGCCAAUAGAGGUCGAUGUCACAGCUCUUGGUUCCCAGAAACUGAAAGUUUCAUGGAAGCCUCCUGCCCUUGACCAUCGUAACGGUGUUAUUCUCGGCUAUUAUAUCGGCUACCAAGAGACGAAUAUUGCCUCCCAAAGACAAGUCAUCAGUAAAGAUAUAGACCCUGACAAAGAUGAGCCCGAGGACGAGGUAUUCGUGGUCAUCUCAAAUCUGAAAAAGUUUACAGAAUAUCUAGUCAACGUAAAGAGCUACAAUAAAGAAGGUCCGGGGCCUGCAUCGACUGACGUUAAAGUAAUGACGUUGGAAGAUGUUCCUAGUCAGCCACCAGAGGGCGUCCGCGCAUACGCCAUUGCGUCACAAGCAAUCAACGUGGCAUGGAAAGCACCGUCUUUGUUCGCCUUGCACGGUGUCCUCCAAGGGUAUAAAGUCCUGUUCAAACCAGUUAGGAAAGAUGAAGAUGAGACUGACUCCAACAUAAAACUUUCCCGAGGAGUUGAUGUAACACUAGAUGGCUUGGAAAAGUUUACAAAUUACAGUAUCGAAGUAUUGGCAUAUACACGCAAGGGUGAAGGAGUCAGAAGUAGUCCCAUAUUCGUGCGCACUCUCGAGGAUGUUCCCGGAAGACCUCGUGGAAUUAAAGCAUGGGCCGUAAGCAAUACAAGUGUAAUUGUAUCAUGGCAAAAUCCGGAAAGUCCUAACGGCAUUCUGACGUCAUUUAGUGUUUACUACAGUAACACGUCUGCUAGUGCGCAGGAAAUGAAAAUAGAUGUACCGCCUGUCCAAUCAUCGUAUGUUCUGCGCGAGCUUGAAGCAGACGUGAACUACUGGGUGAGGGUCAGCGCAAAUACCCGGAUUGGCGAGGGAGAGAGCACGCAAAUUGUAACAGUAAUGCCUGUAGUUAAAGCCCCAGCAAGGAUUUCCAGUUUCUCAGAAGAGGUUAUUGUGUCAUGGCAAGCCACAGUUAUGCUGUCAUGCGUUGUUGUAGGAGAUCCUGAACCGGAAGUCACGUGGUCGACAAGAUACGGUGACUUGGAAAACAAUGACAAAUUAUCAAUACUUCAAAAUGGUUCCCUGUUUCUUAUCGCCGUGAUUGGUUCCGAUGCCGACAACUAUACUUGUAAAGCUAACAACAUGUACGGAAGUGACGUCAUUACCUACAGUCUGAGCGUGCAAGUUGAUGCUAGUUCGAAAUCUCCGCCUAGAGCACCUAUACUGUCCCUGGCAGCUAUUACGUCAUCAACAGUACAAGUUAACUGGUUGUCGGCCAGUAAUGGCGGCAGUCCAAUUUUAGGGUUUUUACUACGUUACCGGAAAGAGCACGACGUGUGGCAGGAAGUUCCAGUGGGACCCAAGAAUCGAACCUACACGUCUUCCGGCCUACUAUGUGGCACUACAUAUAAGUACACAAUCACCGCCAUUAACAGUAUUGGUAGAAGUGAGAGCAGCAAUGUUGUUGAAGAGAAAACAGUCGGCUCACCACCGAUAGCACCCCUCGAAACAGAAUUAUUAAAAUCUGUAAACGUCACUUCCGUUGAGCUAGACUUGCGCACAUGGAGACGGGAUGUAUGCGCAAUUAAAUUCUUUUCUAUAAAAUACCAAAAACUGGGGAAGAAACAAUGGAAAGAGGUGCCGAGCACUGUUAAUUGGAAUACAACGGUGAUGCCGGUAGAAGGUCUUCAUCCUGCAAGUAGAUACAAGAUGUUAGUCACUGCUUACAGUGAUGCUGGCUCUAGCGAAUGUGUCCUUUCUUUUUCUACAUUAACAUUUUCCGGAAGUACACUCGAACCCCUGUUUGUCGUCCAUAAAGACGAGGCCGUUUUCUACGAGGAUCUCCGCAUCAUGCUGCCAUUAUGCGCCGCCCUGGUCGUGUCAAUAGCCGUGUCUGUGGGCAUGGCGUUGUUUUGUGUAAGGCGAAGACACGUCAUGCGAUAUAAAGAGACGAGUUCUAACAUAAGAAGAGAUAUUACUGCGGAGACGUCCCUGAUGAACGACCUCGACAAAAGAAAUAUAAAUUAUGAACUGGAGAGUCCCCAGGACACACGGUUUAAUUGUCGUAAUGUAAACCUAUUGAUAUCCUUGACGUCAGACGAAAACCUGUCGGGUAAUAACAGCGGCUGGUGUUUCAAUGACAGCAGCAAAACAACGAGCGAUAACGCUUCCUUAGAGCGAUACGAGGAGGAUGCCAAUAUUAACCCAUACGCGACAUUUAAUGAGUUGAAACUUGUUUUCAAUGAAAACCCAACCUACCAUAAGGCUGAACCGGACUCUGACGAUGAUUCGGUUAGUCUUGAAAAAGCUGAAGCCCAGAAAGCGAUGCAAGCUACUACAGACAGCUCCGAGGAUUCCAAAUUUGUUCAAAAUGUCCGAAUACCACAUAAAACACGAGGGGCGGAGCAACACAGCUACGACAAUCAAGGCGUAGUUCUAAGCCCGCGGAAGUAUGCCAGUGCUGAUCAAAUACAUGCGCUUUUCCAAAUGGCCCCUCCGCGUCCACAGAGUGCGUACAGUAAAAACAGAAGUCAAGGCACGAGAAGCACACCGAGUGAGAAAGGCAGUCAAAGACACAGUCUUAUAUCAAGUGUUACAACUGUGUCCAGCUCCAGGGAUGAGCUUAUGGAAGCGUUUGAGAAUCUAAAUAGAAAUCCGCCGCCGCCAGUCGUGUAUGAGACAGAGGCCGACUCGUUAUCACAACCGACGGACAGUUCGAGUACAGAGCCAGGUAUUUGCCUGUUUACAGAAUCUCCCCCGCAGCCAAAUGAACGUCGAGAAGCUUCUUGUGAGGUUCCCAGAUAUGAAUCUCCUGACGAAUGCCAGUAUAAAGAGCCACACACUGCUGAAUCAAAACCCGCUGAUAAUCACGAGUCAAGGACGCCGCCAAGGAGGGGUGGUAGGCCCCCUUCUGUUCAGAAAAAUAAAGAAUCUGCGUACAGAGGGAAUGGUAUCAGUCGCACGACUACCAGACCGCGCUGUAUAGAGGAAGUGACGUAUACAUUUACUGGAGAGGAAUCCCCGAGUAGAGCAAGAAAACCACAAUCGUUUGAAGAAAAAUUGCGUUGUACUCGUGAAGACAGAGGUUCAUCGGUUUGGAGAAGAGUAUAUUUACCAGGUGGUCGUAGAACCCCGCACGCCAGGACACGGUACGACACCACUCUACAGACGCCCGGAGCAGCCGACAAUAAACCAUUGGUAUCAGCGCAGGAGUUGAACCCUAAAGACGACUCUCCAGAAGACGAUGAAUCUGUUAGCCUAUUAAACAGAUAUUAUCGACCAGUGCCGGCUCGGAGAAGUGGUGAUGUUUUGAUGAUGGAAGAUGAUGAAGAAGGAGAAUAUACUGAAAAUUUUACCGUUGUAUGAGGCCUCAUAUCGCUUGAGACAAACUAAAAUUAUUUGAACCGUAAUUCAAUGCUGAUGCAUUUUGUAUCCAUUCAUCGAUAAUGUGGUAUCAUGUGGUAUCGAUUGACAAUGAGGACAACCUUUGGUGAUGUUCUACAACAUGGAUACAAGUUAUUGUUGUUAAGACGGAUUAAAAAAAACAACACAAAAACAAAAACAACACUGAUUGAACAUAAAUAUGUAUGUGUAUUCAAAAGUUCAUGAUGAAGACUGAUAUUGUCAUGGCUUUCUUGCACGUGAGCUCUUUUGGCUUUGGGCCAAAAUUUUUUUUGAUCCGUAUAUUAGCAAAUUAAUCCGCAAAAGCUUUGCUUGAGUAACAUCAAUUUAGACAAAUGAACUAUAAAUAUCAUCAUUUGCUUUCAUUGGAUAUAAGUAUGUGUUGAUCAUCAUUUUAUGAUAUUAAUAGUGAACACGCUUCAUCCAUAUUUUUGGAAUCAAUGCAGGACCAGACCAAUGGACAAAUUAAUAGUAUGACAUGUGUAACAUUUUUUUGUUUAGAUUCUUAGAUUUCGAUAAAGGUUGUAUAAUGUAAAUAGAAUGUUAGAUAAUUAUGUUUUAUGCUAUACAUUAUGGAUAUAUUUAUCGUACAUUUUAUAGCAGUGAUUGAGAUUUAAAUGCAGUUUUCUACUAAAACGUAUAAACGGUAUGCUACAGUAUUGUGUGGUUGUUUUUGGUAUGAGUAUAAAACUGAAGGCUAUAUAUGCUUCUGUGGCUGCAACGAUAUGUUAUAAUCUUUGAACUUCGUGCUGCUUUCAGUAUUAAAGUUUUCUAAAAAAUAAAAUCUCAUGUAACAGUAUUACUUCAAUAAUGAAAAACAAUAUCUUCAGUUUUAAAUCAUAAAUGAUGAACGGAAAACUUCAUAGUCCAUUCUAGACUAUUUUCUGUGAACAUAAUUAUUCAAUGUACCAAGUUAUUUUGAAUUUCAAUAUUAUAGUAUUUUUUCUUUCAAUCUCUGUUUUUAUUUAAUUGAUUUAUUAACACGUGGUCAAUGGAGACUGUAUAAAGAAACGAUUUCUAUAUAAUUGUAAUUUGUCAUAAAUUUUAUACCAUUUUGUGAGCUCUGAAGCGACAAUAUUUUUUACAAUUGCGUUCAAGGUCUUAAAUAUGAUACACAAUUGCAAAUUACGCUUUUUCCACAACACUAUUUCUAAGCAUUACAUAAUUUUCUCACAAGAAAAAGGAAUCGAUUUUUUAUUGUUAUAAAAACAGCAUUGUACAUACACACUACAUUUUAAUAUUUAACACCAUGUAUAUAGAUAUAUAUAUCAUAUUAAAAUUUUACUUAUGUUAAUACCUUAAUGUGCUGAACUGUUACUAUUGCGGUGAUAUAUUUUAUAUCUUUAUUUCUCUGCUAAAAUUGUUACUAAGUUUUACUUUCGAAAUGUAUUUUAUAUUUUAUUAUGUAUAAAUUUCAAUUUUAAUUUGGGUUUUCUUGCAAUGAUGCAUAUCAGAAAUUCACGGGCAUGUGGAGAAAUUGGUAUUAAACGAAUACGUUUU